ACAGGAAGUAAAGAAGUUUUAAUCUUGUAUUGUAGAUUUAAAUAUUCCUAAAGAAUUUGAUUAAAAAACUUAUAUUAAUCUACGUCUAUUCUUUUCUUAGAAGCAAUCUUGAACAAAAUAGACAACGAAUAGUUUUUCCAACCAUUAUCAUGUCUAAACAGUGAUUAAAAAUAAACCUAAUAUGAAAAUAACCUGAAAGCAAUAAAAGAAAUUUUUAACAAAUAAUUUAAAUAUGAGCGAAACAAACAGUGCAUACAGUAAUAGCAACAACAUUAGCAGCAGCGGCAGCAGUAAUAAUAGUAACAGUAACAACAACAAUGACAACCGUGAAACGUCUUCAAACACACAACCCAACAAACAUUCCUAUCAACUACGCAUCGAUAGUAUUGAAGAACCCAGCACAGCCCCAAUAACUGAAUCAAAUUCACGUGAAGAUUUAAUUGUUAAAGAUCCCGAUGAUGACGAUGAAGAGGAGAGACAAACAAAUGCGUCACAAUUACGUCGUUCGGGAGAAGGUUUACAAUUUCCCAGAUUUUUGUCGGUACCAGCCUUGCGCAAUGCACCCACACAACGUAUGGAUAAAAGAGAGAUUGUCUCAAGUCCAGCCAAAAGUGAACGUAUGGCUAGAGAUAGUUCAAGUACAAAAGUGCCAGCGAGAAGAUUAAGUCAAGAUAGUGGUAUAGUGGCGGGACGUUUAUUUAAUGGUGGGCAACUUAAUCGAUAA